UAAAAUCACACAAAAAAUGAUAGAUAACAUUGCAGUUGAACGAGUUGCAGAUAAAAACUUAUAUUAAUAAGCUGAUCACUUAUACGGACGUGGCACUCUAGUUUUCACCAUAAAGAUUCUCAAAGAUGGCGUCGAAUAAUCUAAUCGGAGAUGACUUGGCAAUAAGUGAAAUUUUGGAAAAACCCAUCGAAAAUGAACUUAUUAAAGUUCUAAAAAAACGCUCCAAUUCAAAUAAUUUCAAAUUUUCCAUUGAAUUUGGCUCGAAAAAAGGCGCAAACUUCAUGGGAAAUGUAUAUCGAAUUCUAUAUGAAGAUGAAAAUCAUAAUCAAUCGUCGUUGAUUCUAAAAAUUGCACCGAAAAAUUUGAAACGACGAGGUGAAUUUGCAUUGCGUCAGAUGUUUUUGCGCGAAAUAGAUAUGUAUGAUAAGGUGUUGGUAUAUUUCAAUGAAUUCCAAUUAUCCCAAGGGGUUGAUCUAGAGAAAGAUGGUUUUAAUGAGUUUCCACAAUACUAUUCCAGUAUAAGUGAAGAUCUUUUCGAAUCUGUUUUUCUUGAAGAUUUAAGAAUACGAAACUUUGAAAUGGUCAAUGUUCGCAAAGAGACAAUCACAUUUGAUCACAUGUCCGCCGUGUUGAAGGCACUCGGAAAGUUCCAUGCAAUUUCGUUUGCGUUAAAAGACCAACAACCAGAAAAAUUUAAGCAAUUGGCCAGCCUUGCAAUCGAACAAUUCUGGACACAGUCACACGAUAUGAUAACUGAAUUUGAAAAAUGUUUUGAGGUAUUAAAGGAAGAAAAAUGCUUUGAUUUAUUCGAAAAAAUCAAAAAAUCUGUAGGAGAUGAUUAUUAUUCAACCAUUAUGUGUUUGGCUUCAAGCCAAGCAGCCGAACCAUAUGCGGUUAUUUGCCACGGUGAUGUUACAAGCAAUAAUACAAUGUUCAGUAAAGAUGACGAAGGCAAACCAAACAAAGUGAAGAUAUUUGAUUUCCAAUUCACUCGAUACGCUUCGCCAGUUAUUGAUUUACUUUUGUACUUGUUCUGUACGAUUACCAAGGAGUUGCGUGAUCAACAUUACGAGGAGUUCUUGCACAUUUAUCAUGAUAGCCUCUCGGAUCUGUUGAGAAGAUUGGGCUCCGAUCCACAAAAACUAUUUCCAUACGAAGCUUUAUUAGAUCAAUUACAAAAGUUUGGAGUUUACAGUGUAUUCGUUGGGUCAUUACUAUUCAAUCAAUUUUGCGCAGAUGAAGAAUCAAUCAAAAAGGUGGAAGACUCUGACUGUUUUGUUUUCCAUUUUUCAAAGGAUUCCAAAGCAGCGUACAACAAACGAGCGAUGGAUAUGUUCGUUGGCUUAGAUCGUCUUGGCUAUAUAUAAAUGUACAAUUUGUUGAAAUUAUUUUCAGACAAUAUAUUGGGCUGAAUAUUCAUUUGAAAUGAAAAGAAAUAGCACGCUAUUUUUGAUAGAACAAUAAAAGUGAUUGUUAUAAUUAUUGCACCAACGUAAGUAUUUUAUAACAACAACAAUCACUUCUAUUGUUUUAUCAAAAAUAGAGUGCUAUUUCAAUAUACAAUCGAAGAUUAGAAAGAAGAUGCUAUUAAAACAUUUACAAAUUCGAAUGAGCUAACGAAAGAUGAUGUUGCAACAUUUGAUAAAAUGUAUAAUUUUAUUGACAUUUAUUCUAGGGGGUAGACACAAUAGAGAAUGAAUGAAUACCA